AUGACGGAACAAAUUCCUGGCCCGGCAGGCUGGCCGUUCAUUGGCAACCUGCUCGACGUCCAGGGCGAGGUGCCCAUUCAAGCGAUCGAGCACAUCGCCGACAUCUACGGGCCCAUCAUCAAGCUGUCCCUCGCCGGCAACGAGCGUCUGUUUGUGGGCGGCUUCGACAUUUUCGACGAGCUCUGCGACGAGACGCGGUUCUACAAACUGCCGCCGCCCGCCCUCACGCAAAAUGCGCGGCCCGGGGCCCGGGGCCUCUUUACGUCGCCGUCCGAGAAGGACGCCGACUGGGGCCAGGCACACCGCAUCCUGAUGCCGGCCUUUGGGCCGCUGGCCAUCCAAAACAUGUUUGACGAAAUGUACGACAUCGCCACGCAGAUGGUCAUGAAGUGGGCGCGCCUCGGCCCAGAGCCGCGGGUGCUGCUCACCGACGACUUUACGCGCCUGACGCUCGACACCAUCGCCCUCUGCGCCAUGGACUACCGCUUCAACUCGUUCUACUCGGACACCGUGCACCCGUACGUGCAGGCCAUGACCAACACGCUGGCCGCCCGCAGCCAGUCCGGCCAGAUCGGCCAGAAAAUCAAAAUGCUGCUGCUGCCGUCGUAUGCCGCCUCGCUCAAGGCCGACGUCGCCUACAUGGGCACGGUGGGCCGCGAUCUGGUGCAGCACCGCCGCGACAACCCGACCGACAAGAAGGACCUGCUCAACAACAUGGUCCACGGCAGAGACCCCAAAACGGGCGAGUCGAUGCGGGACGAGCUGAUUGCAGCAAAUAUGCAGACGUUUCUGGUGGCCGGACACGAAACGACGUCGGGCCUGCUCUCGUUCGCCUUCAUGUACCUCCUCCUCAACCCAGCAACCUUCUUCGCCGCACAACAGGAGGUCGACCGCGUCCUCGGCACCCGCCGCAUCGAGCCUCAUGUCCUCAACGAGCUGCCCUACCUCAAUGCCGUGCUGCGGGAGACGCUCCGUCUGUCGCCCACGGCACCCGGCUUUGCCCGUGGCGUGCGCCCGGAAAACAAGGAGGAGCACGUCACCGUCGCCGGCGGCAAAUACGAGAUCCCCCGGGGCGCCCCGGUGCUCUGUCUUCUGGGCAAAAUCCAGCGCGACCCCAAGGUCUGGGGCGACGACGCCGGCCAGUUCCGCCCCGAGCGCAUGCUCGACGAGAACUUUGCCAAGCUGCCCAAGAACGCGUGGAAGCCCUUUGGCACGGGUCUGCGGGCGUGCAUUGGCCGUGCGUUUGCGUGGCAGGAGGCGCUGCUCGUGACGGCGCUGCUGCUACAAAACUUUACCAUUUCGCUGGCCGACCCCAACUACCAGAUGCAGGUCCAGCAGACGCUGACCAUCAAGCCGAAGAACACCUACGUGCAUGUCAAGCUGCGGCAGGGCAUCGACGCAACGCAGCUGCUGCAGCGUCUCACAGGACGUCCAGCCACGCCGCCCAGAUCCGUCAGCGGCGCGUCGUCGGCCCAAGCGACGAACGGCAUCAACGGCACCAAAGACGGAGCGGCCACAGCCGACGGCCCGACGCUGGCCAUCUUGUACGGCUCCAACACAGGCACCUGCCAGUCGCUUGCGCAGUCUCUUGCUGUCGAGGCCGGCCAGCGCGGCUACAGGGCAACGGUCCACGACCUCGACUCCGCCGUCGAGCAUGUCCCCAAGGGCCCCAACACGACCGCUGUGAUCAUCACGGCCUCGUACGAGGGCCAGCCGCCGGACAAUGCCGCCCGCUUCUUUGCGUGGCUGGAGCGUGUCGAGGCCAAGGAUGCCUUGGACGGCUCCCGCUUUGCCGUCUUUGGCUGUGGCCACGUCGACUGGGCCUCGACCUACCAGCGGAUCCCGACACGCAUCGAUGCGCUGCUGGAAGAAAAUGGCGCCACACGGGUGGCCGCGCGCGGCGCGUCGGAUGCCUCCCAGCGCGACAUGUUUGGUGAUUUUGCCAAAUGGGCGGACAACGUGCUGUGGAAAGCCUUGCCCAGUGCCGAGGACGCAGCCACCGCCAUGGGCGACAAAAAGGUCCACAUCCCCACGAUGGACAUGGACGUCUCGACCGAGCAGCGCGAGACACACCUGCAGCAAAAGCUCUUCUGGGCCAAGGUCACGGCCGCCCGGAGCCUUACGGCACCCGGCCAGCCCGAGAAGCGCCAUAUUGAGUUUCAACUGCCAUCCGACAUGACCUACCAGACGGGCGACUACCUCGCCGUGCUGCCGCUCAACCCGGACGACGUCGUGCGCCGCGUGAUCCAACGCUUCCGCCAGCCCUGGGACGCCGUCGUCACCAUCAAACGCGGUGCGCCCACAACGCUACCAACAGACACGCCCGUUGCCCUGGCCGAGCUGCUGCGCGGAUACGUCGAGCUGGCACUGCCGGCAACGCGCAGAGACAUCGAGGUGCUGCUCGAGCUCGCCAAGCACGGCGAAGGUGUCGAUGCCCGUAACGAGGCAGAAAGACUGGGCGCCCUGCUCAGCGACCCAUCCGCCUUUGGCACCACUGUGAUCGAGCACCGCACCAGUCUUCUGGACUUGCUCGAGCAGAACCCCAGCGUCGGCCUGCCGCUCGCCAGUUUCUUGGCCAUGCUGCCGCCCCUGCGUGCCCGUCACUACUCGAUUGCCUCGUCGCCGCUGGCGAGCCCAGACUCGUGUGCCCUCUGCUACAGCGUCAUUGACGAGCCUACAUGGGUGGCAGAUGCCAACGGCCGUGGUGCGUCCCCAGACAAGGCGGCGACGCCCCCGCGCAUGUUUCGCGGUGUCACUGGCGCCUACCUCAAGUCCUUGCAGCCCGGCGACCAGGCCCUCGUCGCCGUCCGCGCCACCAACCAUGUCUUCCGCCUCCCUGCCGACCCGGAAACGACCCCUCUCCUCCUGUUCUGUGCCGGCUCCGGCUUCGCGCCCUUCCGCGGCUUCUUGCAGGAACGCGCGGUCCAGAUCCGCGACGGCAACCGGUCUUUAGCGCCUGCUGUCCUCUUUGUUGGCUGCCGCCGCCCGGACGCCGACCGCCUCUACGCCGACGAGGUCGACGCCUGGGCCCGCGACGGCGUCGUCGACGUGCGCUACGCCUUCUCCCAGGCGCCCACGGACCCGCGCGCCGCCGGCUGCCGCUACGUGCCCGAACGCCUGCUGCACGACAAGGAUAUUGUCGUCGCCCAGUGGAAGGCCGGCGCCAAGGUGUACACCUGCGGCAGCGGCCAGGUGGCCAAGGACCUGGGCGCCGCGGCGCGCAAAAUGAUUGUGGAGCGGGCGCGCGAGGGGGUUGUGGCAGGCGAGGAGGGGGUGGUCGGGAUGACGGAAGAAGACGCAGCGGCGUGGAUGCAGCAGCGCCACAACGAGAGGUUUGUGACGGAUGUCUUUACCUGA